AUGGCUUAUAAGUAUUAUUAUGGCGAGAAAUUCAAACACAUUACGGGUGACCAAGACGACAGUAAUGAAGACCUUCUGGAUUUCGAUGACGAUCAAUUAAUAAUCGCAGAGGAGGAGACCUCCAACAACGCUAAGAUCGAUGGGGAUGUGUCUCCGGAUGAGGAAUCCCAAGACACUGAAGGAGGUAUUGCUGUUCUGAUGGCAGCUAUAGACUCCUUCAAAACACCAAAUGGAUGUAUUACCGAGGAUCCUAUUACCCCAGAGCCGGAAAAACCUGUAGCUGAUAUUGCCGAAGAGAGUCAAUUUGCAGAGUUUGGAUUUUUCGUACAAGACAAUAAUUUAGAGCAAAGCUGCCCCCCCUACAACGUUAUAGCCGUUGAACGUUAUUCCCAUCCUUCUGAAGAAAUAUCCCUAGUAUCGCGGCUGAUCCAAUUUUACAACCAGAGUAUCGUGUACCAGGCGUACUCGCCGCCCUCGAUCCCCGGAUUGCAUGCCUGCCAUUGCCGCCGGCGACACAACCGCAUCCUGCUGAACUACUUCGGGUUCGAUAUGCUCGAAGUGGCCUGCACCCUGCUGCACUCGGCCGCUGCAAUAAUGGAACCCCCAGUGGUCGUGGACGACGCUACCGUGCAAUCCAUUGCCAGCGGUCUGUCCGCGGCCAUGGACUUCACGGCCGAGCAGGGGACUCCCCUGAUCGGACGCCAAGGCGUCGGUCGCCUGGUGGCCUCCAUUAUCUUGGACAGGGAAUCGGGCUUCCUUCUGGCCUACGCCGUGGCCCAGUUGGUGCCACAUGCAUUGAUCGAUGACAGCACCGGGGACAUUGUCGGCAUGAUGCUCCAUCAGGUGACUCGCGGAUUCGGCAUCAACGAAAACUGCCGCAUCAUCAUCACCGAAAACACUGGACCCGUCCUCUUGGAGGUGAACCAAAUUCCAAACGAAUAG